UAUAGAAAAAUCUGUUGUUCUGUUCUGUAAUUAAGAUUAACUUAUCAUGUUACUUGUUAUUUAAUAAAUUUAAAUUGAAUAAUUCAUAUGAAUAAAAAUGCCGAAUUAUCAAGAAAUCGAAGAAACAUUGAAAAAGCUUAAAAUAUCAUCAGACGAAAAUAUUGAUAGCGUAAUAUCUUUAAUUGAUGAACGAGAUCAUGAAAUCCAAAAAGAAUUGGAAUCGGCAUUAGCAAGACAAUCUAGUAUUGAAACUAGCAUGUCAUCUUUUCGUCAAACUUUAAAUGAUUUAAAAAAUUCUGAAAAUGAAGCCAUGAAAUUAUUUGAGCUUAUAAAAAGUACCGCAUCUUUAUCAGAAUCGGUAAGCUCAAAAGUUCGAGUUCUUGAUACAGCAAGAAGUCGAGUCGCAGAAUGUCAACAACGAGUCCAAGAUUUAAUCGACAUAGAACUUUGUGCGAAAGGUGUAAUAGCAGCUAUCAAGGAUGAAGACUUCGAACAAGGUGCUAUUCAUGUCAGAAGAUUUCUUUCAAUGGACCAAAAUCUUCUUCAACGAACGGCAGAAGAUGUUUCAGAAUCUGUAACAACGGUUAGUGAAGCUGUACGUAUUUUAGAAGAUGCAACAAUUAAAAUGCGCGAGUUAAUUAACCAAAAAUUUGAGGAAGCGGUCAGGAAGGAUGAUCUAGCUUCAGUUGAAAGAUUUUUUAAAAUAUAUCCCCUCUUGAAUAGGCAUCAUGAAGGUAUUGAAAAAUUCUCAUCUUAUAUAAGUUUAAAGUUGGAAAAAAAAUCCCAAAAGGAACUUCGAAAUUCUAUUGACAUUGCCAAAGCUGAAAAACGGCAAGCUGUUGCAUUUGCAGACACACUAACCUCUCUAUUGGAAAAUUUUGCUCGAGUAAUUGAAGUAAAUCAACCCAUAAUUGAGAGUUGUUACGGAUGUGGAUAUUUAUUUGAAAUGUUCUUAAUAUUACAAAAUGAAUGUGAUAAAGAAGUAAAAAAUCUUUUAUUAGAAUUUAACAAACAUCGACAAAUUGCAAAGAAGGUCGGGCAAAUAAAUGAAUAUUUGAAGAGUGGAAGUUCAGGUAGUCAAAAUUCUGGACACUAUCGUCAUUCUUCAGGAGGCGGAUCAGUCGAUAAAAUAUCACCAAAAGAUGUAGACGCACUUGCGAUAGAGAUUACCAUAAUGCACUCUAGAGCAGAGCUUUAUUACAAAUUCAUGAAAAGAAGGCUAUUUAACGACAUCCAAAAAGCGAAUUCAGACGAAAAUGAAAAAGAUUUAAAAAAAAAGAAAUGUGAGGAAACAAUAAUGAAAUGUGGACUAAGCAGACAAAUGCAGGAACUGCUUGGAACUUAUUUAUUAUUUGAAAGGUAUUUUAUGGAAGAGAGUGUUUUGAAAGCAAUAGCAUUAGAUACGUAUGAAAAUGGACAACAAUGUUCAAGUAUGGUGGAUGAUGUUUUUUAUAUACUACGGAAAUCCAUUAGACGUUCUAUAACAACACAAUCGGUAAAUGGAAUUUGCGCUGUAAUUAAUAAUGCUGCAACCUGUUUUGAAGGAGAUUUUAUAAAUGCUUUAAAAAAUCCUCUUAAAACAGGCUAUCCUUCGGGAUAUAUUGAUUUAGCCCAAGCUUAUAAUGUUAUCCAAAGCUCUAUACAACAAGGAAAAAUUCAAACCAGCGACUCAGAACAAGCUCGUACUAACUUUUUAGUACAAUUAAACAAUGCCGACAUGUCAACAGAAUUCAUUGAAACUCUAUGGGUAACCAUGAGUGAAGAAAUUCAAGCCUCAUUCCCUUCAAUGACUAAAACUGAAAGUCAAAUACUAGACAGUUGUAUGACAGAAUUAAAGUCUGUUAAAGAUAUGCUAAAAGCAGUUGUCGACUUUGGUCUUCAACAACUGAAAUCAAGUGCAAUUAAACCAAGAUUAAAUCCAUGGGUCGAUCAAUUUUUGAGUUAUAAUCAUCAUUUAACAGAAGAAGAGUUAUCUACUUAUGAAGCCGGAGAAACCUUUGUACAAUUUUUAAUAGUACAGAUUGACAGUUUAUUGAACACUUUCAAGCCAUCGCUAAGUCCGAGAAAUUAUGACGCCUUGGUUAGCAUUUUAGCUUCAGAAGUAACAUCGCGUUUAGAAAGAGCAAUAAAAAAAUCUACAUUUAACAGAUUAGGAGGAUUAAUAUUGGAUCAAGAAGUUCGUGCUUUGGGUAGUUAUUUAACUGGAGCAACAUCAUGGUCUGUUCGAGAUAAAAUGGCGAGAUUAACACAAAUAGCAACUCUUUUAAAUUUGGAGAAAGUUUCUGAAAUAACCGAAUAUUGGAAUCCAAAUGACGGAAACGAUAUGCCAACAUGGAGACUUACACCAAAUGAAGUGCGGACAAUAUUAACUUUAAGGAGUGAUUUUAGAAUGGAAGAUAUUAAAAGGAUUAAAAUAUAAAUAAAAGUAUCGUAGUUCUAUAGUUAUGUUAUUGAUUUUACAAAAAUAUAAACUGAAAAUUUUUAAAACAAUGAUUUAUUUCAAAUU